CUCAUGACCUGGCACAAACCCAAAUAUCAGGUAUUCAGGACAGGUAGAAACCCAACAUAGAUGUUAUCCAACUUCCUUUUCCAGGUUAUUAUGUAUGUGGUUGUUGGUUCAUUACCCCACAUUCCAGGUUUCUUCCGCUUCCCCGCACCCCGCGAAAUCCUCCACCUUCUGCCGGCUCCUCCCAUGUUCUCGGCAGCCAGCCCGGCCAGCCGAAACCUCGGCGCAACCAAGUCGGCGGCUCCCUGUUUAGCGCAUAGGGUCGGACCGUUUACAUGUUGUUUACUAAUACUGCCCCUCCGCCAUCGGAACUGGAUGCUUGACACUACCUAUGGGGGCGCAAACAGGUAUCUGCGACAGGCUCUAGUGUUGUUAGUCUGUCAUCAGGUUACUGUGGGCACAUCGAUGAGGGGAAAACCUUCAUGAUGUUGGGGAAUUGUCACUGCGGUGGAGACAAUGGAUACACUACGGUCUGGGAUAACUAGGUACCUUACUGGGAUAGGGCCGAGGAAACGCCUAGAUACACCAAACAGUCCGACCAUUGAACCAGCGCCGUUAGGA